AUGAUGCCCCCCAUUGAACUCCACGGGCGUCCCCUUCCAGACCCCGAUGCCACCCUCCGCGAGGUGUUCAACCAGAACGUGACGAAAUACCCCGAUACUGUGGCUCUUGUCAGCACGCAGCAACCCUCCACUCUCUACGGAAUCGCGAGCCAGCCGCUCGACAGCGCACAGCACGAGGCGGACUAUCUGCGAUGGACAUACCGCGACCUAGACGGCGCUGUACAGCGAUUUGCCGCUGGGCUACAAAGUCGAGGUCUGAAGAAAGGAGACCCGUUGGUUCUGCUCAUCCCAAAUACCGCGGAAUAUGUUAUUGCGACUUGGGCUGCGUACCAAAUUGGCUGCGCCUAUGUUCCACUCAACCCGAAGGGUCUAUCAAAUCUGAAGGAGAUGCGGCAUAUGCUGGAUAUUGCGAGGAGAGGAUGCCAGUCCGACUUCGUAGGCGUCAUAGCAGGGACAUCUGAUAUGUGUGCGCAGAUUGAAGAGCUGACAUCGGAGGUGAACUGCAUGCGGAUACUAGUCGAAGGAGAUAUGAAGAAGGGCUGGACACCUUUUAAGGAGCUGAUGCAGAGCCCAGCUCCAGGGCAGCCUCUGUGCAGAGAUGACCACCCAAGCCUUUCCCCCGACCAAACAAUCUUCUUCACCAGCGGAACGACAUCUCUGCCGAAAGGCUGCGAUAUGUCCUCGACAUACGGCCUUGCGGCCGCGGAGCGCUGGCGCACAAGCCGUGUCCCUAUGCAGCCUGGAGACCGGGCGUUGUUCACAUUGCCUAAUAACCACGGGUUCGGCUGGCUCUGUAUUAUCGGCCCAUUCCUAAACGCAGCUACAGUAGUGCUGCCAGGACCACGGUUCAAUCCAGAGGCAGUUGCAAAGGCCAUUCGUGAGGAACAAGUUAGCCAUGCAGGGUUGGUGCCGACUAUGCUGCAUGCCUUGAGCAAUCUACCGGCUGCAGCCAGGGAUUUGAGCUCCCUGCGGCGAAUUGUAAUGGGGGGCUCGGCGCCAACGGAAGAGGUAAUACGGAUCUGUCUCGAGACUUUGGGCGCGUCAGGGGUGGAGAAUCUGUACGGUAUGACCGAGGGCAUCCUCGUCUCGUCUGGUGUAGUGGAUCAGGCCAGUGGGAUCAUCAAGGACAGACGUGUUUCUAUUGGCACACCCUUACCGGGCAUGUCUGUUCGGGUAUACGCCAAGGACAGCAAAGCGCCAGCUGCGGUGGGAGAGAUUGGCGAGAUGCACUUCACGGGCCCAAGUCUGAUCAAAGGAUAUAUCGGAAAAGAUGACGAUAGCUUCUACAUUGCGGACGAUGGCCGGCAUUGGUUCCGCACUGGCGAUAAAGCCUUCAUUGGCGCCGACAAUCGGAUCUAUCUGGUUGGUAGGUAUAAAGACACGAUCAUCCGUGGAGGCGAGAACAUUGAACCAUCGGCCAUUGAAGCGAUUCUGGGCCAAAUUCCUGAACUGCAUAUUCUCCAGCCGCAGAUCGUGCGUGCUCCGGAUGAUGUUGCUGGCGAGGUCCCUGUUGCAGUCGUGAACCAGGAGGUCGAUGACCACACGGCAAACAGGCUUAAAGAAAUCGUCUCGGAGAGGAUGGGAGAUCUUUAUGUUCCGGCAGAGGUGGUACCAGUGCAGACAUUGGGACAUGAAUCAUACCCGACGACAAUGGCAGGAAAAGUCCAGAAGACCAAACUGGAAGAAUUGGUCAAUGUACACUGGGAGCAGCGCCGCCAGCAUAUACAAGACAGCCGCAGGAUCGAUGGGCCUAUUUCAGGCCCUCAAGUGAUGCAGUCCCUGUGCACGGUUCUGGAAAAGGAGAAGGGACAUCCCAUCAACGAGUCCGUUCGCAUGAUUGAGCUGGGCGUCGAUUCAAUCAUGUCCAUCACAAUUCUCAAGGUCGUCCAGCUAGAAACAGGAGUAUCACUGCCGUCGUCUGUCUUCUUCACCCAGGCAACAUUCGGUACGAUCUGCCAACAGAUCAGCGCAGUUUCAGACACAGACGGCUUUGCAGACUUCACGCCCGUCAUGGAAGACCCGCCUAUCGAUCAAUGCUUCACGGUUCUGAUCCAGGGCACCCCCAGACCAGGCGUUGCCCCCAUCUUCCUCACGCCUCCGGGCUCCGGAAACCCAUUAAUAUACAAAACACUGCCCAAGUUCGCCAACGACCGUGCAGUCUACAGCUUCGGGUCCCCAUUCCUCAUGACCAAAUUCGAAACCUGCUGGACGGUAGAACAGACGGCCGAGAUCUACACAAACACCAUUCUCAACCUCGACCCGCAAGGCCCAUAUAUCCUCGGCGGCUGGUCAAUGGGCUCAGCCACCGCAUACGAAACAGCAUAUCGGCUGCGCGAGCACGGAAAACAAGUCCUGGGGAUCUUCAUGCUCGACUUAUCACUGCCCCGGAAACCGGCUCACAUCCCCGAGCUCACCGUCGAGCUCUUCCAAAUGAUGGGCGCGUUCUCCCCGAUUCGUCGUGAAGGCCUGCCUGACGUGGAAGUCCCUGCGUUCCGAAAGAGACAUCGGGUCGCAGCGUACUAUGCAAAGAUGAACUAUGAGCCUCGUCCGUUCACCGGCCCGGACCGGCCGCGGAUUUUCGUCAUCUGGGCUGGGCGUGGCGAUUACGAGAGGGUGACGGAAAUGGUUGUCGAGGCGACGGAGCUUCUGAAGAGAGAAGGGCCGGAGACGAAAAUGCAGGUUAGCCAGGACUGGCUUCAGGCGCCGCGAGAGACUUUUGAUGCUGGUGGGUGGGAUGAGAUGGUGGGAGCGGAUUUUGUUGAAUGGGGGGUUGUAAAGGAUGGAGACCAUGACUCGAUUGUUGAGGACAAGGAGCUGGCGGUUAUAACGCAGGGAUACAUGGAGACGGCGAUAGCUAAAUGGGUGCGAGAGGCUGAGACGAAUGGUUCAAGUUGA